UCUAGUCAAGAAUUCAGUCCAUAACUCUUAGCAAGUCGAUUAAAACCGAUGCUGUACAACCUCACAAGAAAUAUAAUUGAGUGUUUCUCACUAGAUUGCGAAGAGGAUUUGUUGUUAACGUGAAAGGGGCCAAUGGCACGACAAGAGAUUGAGCUGAAGGGUGUUGAGCCUGAUGCUCAACCUCGACCCCAGAAGAAGACAAGACCAUUUGGCAUGUCUUACCUCAUCGAUGAGAACCCGCCAUGGUAUGUCUGCUUAUUACUAGGUUUCCAGCAUUACUUGACCAUGUUAGGAGGAACAUUGGCGAUUCCUUACAUUCUGAGUGGUCCAAUGUGUUUUGCGAACAACACGCUUGCUAUCAGUGAAGUACUGAGCACUAUAUUCUUCGUCUCUGGUCUGGUAACCUUGAUGCAGACUACGUUUGGAGUCAGGCUUCCUAUCGUUCAAGGAGGAGAUUAUGGUUACCUUGCUCCUAUAUUUGCAAUCAUGGCUCUUCCACAGUGGAAAUGUCCGAUACCUCAAGAAGAGAAUAGUAAUUCAACUGAAAGUUCACUUAUCAACAAUGACGACAUAUGGAAAACUCGCAUGAGAGAGGUAAGGUUUUUGGUCUUGAAGUUUAUUCUUACUUUGCUACAAACAGCUUGUAUCGUAAUUAUAAUUCUUUUUUGUCAACACUGGGGAAUUUCGAUGACGACCAUCGUCUUAAUAUCUUUGUUUUCACAAUACCUAACAAAGAUAAAGAUCCCAGUGCCCGGAUAUAGCAAAGAACGGGGAGGUUUUUAUACUGGUCACUUUCCAAUGUUCAGAUUAUUUCCGGUGAUUCUAGCGAUCGUAGUAUCAUGGAUUAUUUGCGCCAUCAUUACAGCAGCGGGAGGUUUUCCUUCAGAUCCCAGUGUUCUUCAAUAUGCGGCGAGAACUGACGCCAGGGCAGACGUGUUGAAAGAGGCCAAGUGGUUCAGACUUCCGUACCCAGGUCAGUGGGGAAUGCCUACUGUGAGUGUCGCAGCGGUGUUCGGGAUGUUAGCUGGAGUUCUGUCCUCAAUUAUUGAGUCCGUGGGAGAUUACUACGCCUGCGCGAGGUUAUCAGGAGCACCUCCUCCACCAAAACACGCCAUCAACCGUGGAAUUGGAAUCGAAGGAAUCGGCUGUCUCUUGGCAGGAGCUUUUGGUAGCGGUAGUGGCACAACCUCGUACAGUCAAAACAUUGGAGCCAUUGGGAUCACUAAGGUUGGUAGCCUUCGUGUUAUCCAGUUUGGCGCUCUUGUCCUGAUGGCUUUUGGACUUCUUGGCAAAAUUGGCGCGUUAUUCGUCAGUAUUCCAGAUCCCAUUGUUGGUGGAGUUUUCAUGGUCAUGUUUGGAAUGAUUGCCGCUGUUGGGAUUUCCAAUUUACAGUUCGCUGACAUGAAUUCCUCUAGAAACUUGUUUAUUGUUGGAUUUUCCAUUGUUUUUGGGUUAGCUCUGCCGCAUUACAUGGUCACGCAUCCUGGUGCCAUACAAACAGGUGUGCCAGAGAUCGACCAGAUCAUCACUGUUCUGAUGAGUACUAGCAUGGCAGUUGGGGGUUUGGUCGGGCUGAUUUUGGACAACACCAUCCCAGGUACUAUUGAGGAACGCGGGCUCAAGGCGUGGAGGCAACAUCUGUCAGGCCACAGUGAUGAUCAGUUUCAAACAGCUUCUAUUGAAGUCUAUGAUCUGCCGUUUGGUCUCAAUCGCAUCAGUAACUACAAGGUGGCCAAGUAUUUGCCCUUCUUACCGUACAACGACGAAGAUAGCUCGCCAGCAGCUGAUGUGGAGCUGAAGAACGUUAAUUCUAAACUAUAAAGUGACAGUUUUACAAUUUAAAUGAAGGGGUUUUUUUUUUCUGUCUAUAGCUGGGUGGGGUGCCAAGAGCCGACAUAGAGCUGAAUGGCGUUACUAGCUAAUAACCGAUAAUUGGUAAACAGAUUAUGAGCACGGAGCACUACCAUAUAGAGCGAUUUUCAAUCGAGUGUCGUAAAACCAAGACCGAAGUAAUCACUCCAACCAAUCAGUUAGGAAACAGACAGUCCAAUGAACCAAUCAAAACCUGUAGUAAACUGGAUAUAUGUAGCGGACACAAAGUGCGAGAAAACGUGUGUGAGCGAGUACUGUUGCAAUUGGUUUUGGUUUAACUUCUUACUAGAUGAAAAAGAGGCGAAGUAUCUUUAGGUGAUCGUGCAGCGUAGCAAUGCAAAACCAAUUACUUUUCGACACUAAAGCGAAAACAGCUCUGUAGAAAUAGAAAUCAGAUCAUUAACGCUGCGUUGUAUUCCUCUUCUGCUGAUCAGUACCUGAAGAGCGUUACUCGUAGUAAGGAAAUGGCUACCCCAUACCGGGCUCUAUUCUUUUACCAGCCUUGACGUUCCGUACGAUAUUCAUAGGUUUAUUUCAGUAGAUAGAAUAACAACAGCGAUAAUUUUCUGCUCUCGAGGUUAUUUCUCAGUUAGCUGAGUAUUUAAAGGCAUGUAAGCUUUAAGUAAAGGGGAACUUCCGUCGGUUGUACUCGAGGUUUGUAUAAUAGCAUUGUUCUCUCCUAACACCAUAAUCUCCGCCCAAAAUCAAAUUACUUCUAAGUUACCAUUACUUAAGAGAUCUGUUGAAUAUGGAAUUUUUGCACUACAUAUUACCUGGAAAAAUAUGAUAAACAGUGGAUUGUUUUGCAAUGUAAGUUUCUGGUUCCUGCUGUUUGCACUAAUUUUGAGCUUGCAAUUUCUUGGUUCUUAGUUUCUUUAAUAAUUUAAUUCCACCAUUGAGUGGUUUUCAAUUGAACUUCAUAAAACCAAAACCAAAUUAAUCACUAAUCACAAUGGACACAGACAAUCCAAUAACCAAUUAAAACCAGACGAGUAAAAACAUUCGUGUAGCUGACAGGAAGCGCAGGAAAACGUGUGCGACCGAGCGAAUUACGAUUGGGUGGUUUUGAGUGGCCAGAAAACUUGUUAGUCGAAGAUACUGUGGGAGUGUAAAGGUUAGUGAAGGAAUGCAAACAAAAAACGAGAAGUAAAGUAAUAUUAGGGGUGACCUGAGGGUUAAACUUCUAUAUUUAGGGGAGUGGUUUAAAGUAUGGCAUAGCCUUACAAAGAGCUCUUGUUAGGGAUUACUUUGUGGGUUAAGCUAAGGGUAGGUAUGGAGUGAAAUGCCAUGAUAGCUUUUAGUUGGUCACAGUUACUGGCAGAGUUUUAAGUGGCCGGCUCAGGUUAAGAAUUAUAUGUAAAAAAAAAUAAUGAACGUCUACCUUCAACAAAAUUAUAGCUUACUUCGAGUAAUUAAUGUUUUCCAAUUCGAAAUGUUAACGAGAGAGCCAAACGUUAUAAGCCUUAUGGCUCCUGGUUCCUUGACAUCCCUUUUAUAUUAUUUUGUGUAUUCCAUCUAACAAUUCUAUUGUCACUGUCAUUGUUCGAUGUUGUGAAAAUAUACUGAAUGAAAAUGAAAUGAAAGAAACCUCUUGUAAAGACGCGGACAAUUCUUCCUCAGCUGAACUAGUUUUGACCAUCGAUAGCAACAAUGAGAACAAUGCUAAACAAGAUGUUUGAUUGGUCCAAUAGCUUUGCAGAUACCUUGUACAACUGGAUUCAUGCAAAUCGUGGUUCGUCUACAAAGCAACACGGCGAAACGCAACCUCGUUCCCAGGCUCCCUCUCCUCUGCACCCCUUGGUCGUUGGAAUAAAUACCCUGGUUGCGGCUGCUCACGUGACCACACAGAAUCUGGGUGGUAAAGAAAUCUGUUGGGCGGGAGGGGUGGCAGAGUGUUUUGAUUGUUGCUGUGACAAACUUUGAAAGUUUCAAGACCUGGAUCAGUCGCUUACAACUACCCGCUUUAUCUAGGUUCCAGUCGAAUUUUGCCGAUGAAGAAUGCCACAUUAUUAUUUCUGCCGUCUCCCAAAUAUAGAAGACUUAUGUUACAAAGAAAUUCGGCAGCUAAAUGGAGCUCAAACCUUUCGACGGUUAGCACAUGUAAAACGUCACGUAAUGAAUCGAAGUAAAACCAGUGGAUCAGUCUCUUGAAUCUUUGAAUUCGGAGGUAAUUUAUGUUCUUCUUUGUGCGGUAUUUUGGAUGUUAAAAAGUAUUUGUGUCACACGGCCGAUUAGCCGAGUAUUUUAACUUGCAUUUGAUUUACAGCAAUGUAAUUUGAUUUACAGUUUUGUUGACCAAAGCCCAUGCUUAUAUUUCAUUUGCAUCAGGUUUAUGUAAGUUUAUUUUAGACCGAUGUUUAAACACGGUUCCUUGGCAUCGUCAAGAAUGAUAUUUUGCAAAAUGGUAAGUAAAACAUCGUUUUAUAUAGCGAACAAUGUGCCGUGAGGUUAAUUCAGGAAACAUGAAACAGUAAUUAGUAAUUCGACCACCUGGAAAUGAAAUCAGAAUGAUACUUCAAUACUAUAAAUAUACCUGUGUGAAGCUUAGAAUAGGACUGGGAAUUUCAAAGGUGUAUUUGCCCGUGUAUGAUUUAAAGCGAUGACAAGCAAUCCCCUUUCUCUCGCUUCAGUUGAGAUCGGCAAAAAUUAUUCGUUGGCUCUA